AUGACCGAUAGCACGACUCGUUGCUCUCGAGAACAAUGUGGCGAAGGGGCAAACAUCCGAGUUGACACGAAUACUAACAUCCGUCAGCAGGGGAGUGGGGUCUCCAUCACCGACAGUAGCUCUGGCUUCGUGGCUGGUGUUGGCUCUGCUUCCGAUCAGCCCAGUAGGAAUACGCCUCUUGGAGCAUCUAUCUCACCAUCUGCCGAAUAUUUGGUAACCGCUGAUGAGGAUAAGCACAAUAUUACCCAACAUGUCGUCGUGGUCCGUGUCAACGAUGCCGACGACAAUUGUAUCGGACAUAUAAAGCAAACUGGCCCGUGGAACAACGGACGUGUUGACACGAUGUUGCAAAAGACUAUCCUGCGGCCUGUUAGAAUCCGACGAGAACGUGAUUUCACAGAGAACCACCUAACUGCCGUCUCCGACCGGUCCGAUGCGAAAGGUGUGAAGAUCGUUUCCUGCAUGAUCCAGGCAACUGGAGACGUCAUGAAUCAACGUUGCCAGCUUUGUGAGAAGUACCAGGGCGUCUUUGAGGAAUGUAUCAAAGUCAAUGACGGUCUCUUCCGACGGUGUGGCAACUCCGGGUGGGUCAUCGCCAGCCCAAUCUCAGCCCCAAAAUCUCGCGAAAGGGCAAAUGCUACCCAGGGCUGUUGA